AUGAGGUUUGGGAGAAAGGGUAAGAUCAGUCCAUGGUUCAUUGGACCCUACAAGAUCCUUGAGCGCAUAGGCGAGGUAGCGUAUCGACUUGCGUUACCUGCGUCUAUUAACCGAUAUGAGGAGACUCCCGUUCAGAUUCUAGAUAGGAAGACACGUGAUACACGAGGGGGUAGUGUAACACCUGUGAAGGUGCUAUGGUCUAAUCAUGUUACCCAAGAAGCCAUGUGGGAGGCAGAAGAUGCCAUGAGACGCGAUUACCCCUGGUUGUUUGCUCAGAUUUGGAGUAAACGUGACGCGGAUAUAAAGUGA